GGGCCGCAGGGUCCGGCUGCGGCUGCGGCCCGGGGCUCACAGCCUCUGCCUCCACCUCUGCCUCGGGGCGCCCCGCGCCCCGCGCUUCCUCGCCGCCAUGCCGCUCAGCCGCAGCCUGUCCGUCUCGUCGCUGCCCGGCCUCGAGGACUGGGAGGAUGAGCUGGACUUGGACAACGCCGUGCUCUUCGAGGUGGCCUGGGAGGUGGCCAACAAGGUGGGGGGCAUCUACACCGUGCUCCAGACCAAGGCCAAGGUGACCGGGGACGAGUGGGGGGACAACUACUACCUGGUGGGGCCCUACACGGAGCAGGGCGUGCGCACCCAGGUGGAGCUGCUGGAGCCCCCCACCCCGGCCCUGCGCAAGACCCUGGACUCCAUGAACAGCAAGGGCUGCAAGGUGUACUUCGGCCGCUGGCUGAUCGAGGGCAGCCCCCCUGUGGUGCUGCUGGACGUGGGGGCGGCUGCGUGGGCCCUGGAGCGCUGGAAAGGGGAGCUCUGGGACACCUGCAGCAUCGGGGUCCCCUGGUACGACCGCGAAGCCAACGACGCCGUGCUCUUCGGCUUCCUCACCACUUGGUUCCUGGGCGAGUUCUGGGCCCAGAGCGAGGAGAAGCCCUUCGUGGUGGGCCACUUCCACGAGUGGCUGGCCGGCGUGGGCCUGUGCCUGUGCAGGGCCCGCAAGCUGCCGGUGGCCACCAUCUUCACCACGCACGCCACGCUGCUGGGCCGCUACCUGUGCGCGGGGGCCGUGGACUUCUACAACAACCUGGAGAACUUCAACGUGGACAAGGAGGCCGGGGAGCGGCAGAUCUACCACCGCUACUGCAUGGAGCGGGCGGCCGCGCACUGCGCCCACGUCUUCACCACCGUGUCCCAGAUCACGGCCAUCGAGGCUCAGCACCUGCUGAAGAGGAAGCCGGAUAUCGUGACCCCCAACGGGCUCAACGUGAAGAAGUUCUCGGCCAUGCACGAGUUCCAGAACCUGCACGCCCAGAGCAAGGCCCGGAUCCAGGAGUUUGUGCGGGGGCACUUCUACGGCCACCUGGACUUCAACCUGGACAAGACCCUGUACUUCUUCAUCGCCGGCCGCUACGAGUUCUCCAACAAGGGCGCCGACGUCUUCCUGGAGGCCCUGGCCCGCCUCAACUACCUGCUCAGGGUGAACGGCAGCGAGCAGACGGUGGUGGCCUUCUUCAUCAUGCCGGCGCGGACCAAUAACUUCAACGUGGAGACCCUCAAGGGCCAGGCCGUGCGGAAGCAGCUGUGGGACACGGCCAACACGGUGAAGGAGAAGUUCGGGAGGAAGCUCUACGAGUCUCUCCUGGUCGGCAGCCUCCCGGACAUGAACAAGAUGCUGGACAAGGAGGACUUCACCAUAAUGAAGAGGGCCAUCUUUGCCACGCAGCGGCAGUCCUUCCCCCCCGUGUGCACCCACAACAUGCUGGACGACUCCUCGGACCCCAUCCUCACCACCAUCCGCCGGAUCGGCCUCUUCAACAGCAGCGCCGACCGCGUCAAGGUGAUCUUCCACCCCGAGUUCCUCUCCUCCACCAGCCCCUUGCUCCCAGUGGACUAUGAAGAGUUUGUCCGGGGCUGCCACCUGGGAGUCUUCCCCUCCUACUACGAGCCCUGGGGCUACACGCCUGCGGAGUGCACGGUCAUGGGCAUCCCCAGCAUCUCCACCAACCUCUCGGGCUUCGGCUGCUUCAUGGAGGAGCACAUCGCAGAUCCUUCAGCCUAUGGCAUCUACAUCCUGGACCGGCGCUUCCGGAGCCUGGACGACUCGUGCACGCAGCUGACCUCGUUCCUCUACAGCUUCUGCCAGCAGAGCCGGAGGCAGCGGAUCGUGCAGCGGAACCGCACCGAGCGGCUCUCGGAUCUGCUGGACUGGAAGUACCUGGGCCGGUAUUACAUGUUCGCCCGCCACAUGGCCCUGGCCAGGGCCUUCCCGGACCACUUCACCUACGAGCCCCACGACGCCGAUGCUACCCAGGGCUUCCGGUACCCCCGGCCGGCUUCCGUGCCUCCGUCCCCUUCGCUGUCCCGCCACUCCAGCCCCCACCAGAGUGAAGGGGAGGAAGAAGAAGGGGAGGAGAACGGGCCCCAAAAGUUGGACUUCGAGGAUGGGGAGCGCUACAAUGAGGACGAGGAAGCCGAGAAGGACCGGAGGAACAUCCGCGCUCCCGACUGGUCCCGGCGGGCCUCGGCUGCCAAGCGGGGCUCUGUGGAUACGGCCCCCUCCAGUUCUCCCAGCACCCCCAGUGAGCCCCUCAGCCCUGCCAGCUCCCUGGGCGAGGAACGUAACUGAGGAGGGCUCCCCGCUCCAAAACCCACGGCCCCUCACCGGGCCUUCUAGAGCCUUCCUCCCCAGGGAGUCCUGGGCUGUUGCUUUGGAGGAUCCCCUAGACCUCCCACCUUGUGGCCAGUCUGCUCUAAGCCCCAGGAGGUCCCCGGGACCCCGGUGUUCUAGAGAGCGGCCCGACUGGCUUAGCCCACCCCGUGGUACCCUCUGCGCCCCAUGGGACCUGGCACCCUCUCCUGGUGGCCGCCCUGGCUUGGGGCAGCUCCACCCACAUGCACUCCCACCCCUCUGCCAGUGCCUCCCCUGCCUGGCCCCACCCCCCGAUUGCCCUCUGGCUCCCCCUGCCGGUGGGCAGGGGCUGCUGCGGCAUUCACCGUGGGGUCAGUGGCCGCUUCUCCCUCCAGGAGUGAAAGAAGGCUUAUGUAUAUUUAAAGAAUAAAAGAUUUUCACAGGGCCGCCCUCCA